GCCAUCCCGGACAUUAAGAGCCCACAUGCAUGAAUCAACGAACAUGGCGAGUCAUGGGGCGGGGCUUUUGCAGGGAGCAUGCUAAGUUGGCACCGGCAAUCGGACAGGUCAAAACUGAGAUAUUUGGGACAUCCGAGUGGAAAAGGGAAAUAGCACUGGCCUUUUAGGUUAUUAGGAACGUUGCAACAUACGAGCUUUCAUGCUAAGAGAUAUUUCAAAAUGUCUCGAGCUGUCGAUAAGCUUCCCGCUCCCGCAGAGGCGCGUUCGAUAAAAGUCAUUGGACUUGGUCCUAGCCGUACCGGAACUCUUGGACUAUGGCAGGCCUUGAAGACGCUUGGUUACACCCCGUUCCACAUCUCAGAAUUGCUGCCUUACGGGUUUCAGCAGAUGAGAGCCCUUCAAGAAGCCAUCAUUGCCAAUGACACCGACAAGCCCUUUGGCCGCAAAGAGUUCGACAAGCUCUUUGCAGGAUACGAUUGCAUUGUCGAAAGUCCAUGCUACCUAUGUCCCAACAUCAUCAAAACAUACCUGGAAGAUCCGGAUGUUAAGUUUAUCCUGACAGAGCGCACCCCAGAGUCUUGGGCCAAGUCCAUUGCCGGAUCCCUUGGGGCCUACCACACAAAGCUUGCAAAACCGCCUUUGUCGGUCGCAAGGUACUUUGACAGUUUCAUCUGGGAACUCACAGCACUUUUCAGAGCUAUGACUCACAGAUGGUCUGGUGGACUGGAGCCGAGUGAACCUGGCUUCGAGGAUGCGCUAGCAAAGAGUUACGUUCAUUACAUGGAAAGUGUCAAGACGCUUGUUCCUCCUGAACGCCUGUUGAUCCUGAACCUGGAAAAUGGCUUUGGCUGGGAGGAAAUUUGCACGUUCUUGAAACUAGAUGUGCCCGAUGAACCUUAUCCGCGCAUCAACGCCAUGGCUGACUUCCAUGUCGCUGCAGAGAUAGUUGUGUCGCCAGCGAUUAAGAAGACAAUCCGUAUUCUCACUUCGUCCGCGGUUGCCAUCACUGCAAUUGGUGUCUGGUAUUGGCAACGGAGAAGGUAAAUUCCAGACAAACGCUCAUGUAAAAAUCAUUUUCUACGUAGUGUGUAUGAGAUAAGAAGCUGUCAACGGGUAUUGGUGGGUAACAAUGGUCC